CAUCAAAGGAAGCUGAUUGGAUUGAGCAACAUGGUGAUCAUUCCCCAUUUGUCCUGGUGGACUACUCCACUGUCACUCAGACCACUUCACCUAAACAUCAUUCAUGUCCAGGAGAAGCUGCUGAUGCUCAAGUGCCGUGUGACCAAUCAUUAUCCCCAAGCCUUGUUGAUAAUCCUGUGUCGAAAGAUCAUGCCAGUGAAAGUGGUCAUGACAAUGAGAGCAAUGGAAAUGCAGUGGGAAAAACUACAGAAACCAUGUCCUUAAGCUCCAGCUCUGGGGGGGAUAGAGACACGCUGAAAUAUAGCCCGGACAGCCUUCACCCAGGUAGUCGAGACGAACUCCGAUCCAAUUCAGAUGGAGAUUCAUCAUCAGGCCUAGAAAUGGAUUACAUCAUUGUGUCUGGCACAGUAAAAGAAGCUGAGAGAGAAUGGCACGAUAGGCCUAAACAGUGUGUCAGUCAAUCAAAAGGUACAAGAAAGUCCAUGGAGACAUUUAGCAUGCUUUCUUAUGCUGCCACUGUUCUACAAGCCCAAGCCAAAGCUGCAAACAGAGGGCACCAGGAGAACCCAGAACAAAGUAUACAAAACCAAAUUAUCAGAGGUACUGACAGCACACUAAGCAAAGUAACAGAGCAAAGUCAAGCUGUCUCAUGCCCACAAUACCAAGCAAGUCUUGAUAUUACCACUGAUCAUCACAUGGUGCCACAAAUAAUCAGUCCUAGCCAGUCGAAAACUAACUCUAAAUCUUUUCAUCAGUCAGAUUCAAGAUCAACAGAAUGCAGUCCAACACAGGUAGAAGAAGGCAACUAUGACGAUAAGUCAAGCUUUGUGGCCAGAAGUGUGUCCCCAUCACUUAGAUAUCCAUCAGACCACUUCCUGAAGACCAGAGAGGAAGUUUAUGUCCAUUCACAGAUUUCAAUGGAAGAUUCAGACGAGGGUGGGCAGUCACCCUCUGCACCUACACAGUGCCCCACUUCCUUGGGAGACCUUCAAGGCUGGGGGUCCCAGUUAGUGGGACAGGUUGCACCGCCAACCACAUGUGAACCACAAUCACCUAUACUUACCAACAGUUCAGUCUCCCACACCAGCUCUUUGCUUGGUACCCCUUUAAGUGAAUCUGGCUAUUCUACUCAAAGAGGACUUGGAUUACCAUUUUCUGGAGAUUUGAUGGAGGAUGAGAAUGAUGAGGAAGAGCUGGAGGAGAUAACUGAUAAAGAGAGCACAGAAAGACAACAGUCAGGAUCUUGCGAUCUGCUAAGCUUCACUGAGGAGCUGGUUGGAGGUUCAUCAUUUCAACAAACAGGUUUACAAACUCUUGAGCCACAGAGGCUCCUACCAAAUACAGUGGAUUACUAUAAUGGCCAACCUGUAAGGACUGUUGAUUGUGAUGAAUGGUUGACUGAACAACACGUUGGAGAUCAUCAAUCUUCUCAAGAUCGCUUUUCACCUGUUUCAAGCUGGAGCCCCACCACAGCUAAUGGAAACAGCUCCCCUAGCUCUCUUAGAAGGUGUGGGUGUGAGUGCAUGCGUACAGGACUGUGUUUGAAUGUGUGAUUAGGUAAUACCCAAUGUAUCAGUCAAUAAUAGUUUGUCCGUGUAGUAUCAAUUUUACAUUAUCAAUGAGUGAAUACAAUAGCCUCUUUGUGUCUAUGUUUUUGUUUGCUUCUGUUGAAUUGUUUUUGAUAUACUGUAUGUGAAGUGGACUCAUUGCUUCAAUGUUUGUUAUUCUGGACAAGUAUUGCAAGAUUUGGUUUUCAAAUUAAUGAAUAGCAAGCAUAAAAUGA